AUGAAGAACAAGGACGAAAAUACCCAAGUUUUUGCAACGUCAACGGGCGAAGAAGCUCGUUUGGAGCAUCUAGGUUAUGAGCAAGAGCUUAAACGCAGCUUCGGCUUGCUGGGUAUGGUCGGAUUCAGCUUCAGCGUGGUGACAUCAUGGACUGCCCUCAGCGGCGUGUUUAUAGUGGGCGUCAGAUCUGGCGGCCCCCCAGUUAUGGUGUUUAGUUUUCUUGCCGUCAGUCUUCUCACUCUGGCUGUUGCCAUUCCCAUGGCCGAAAUGUGCUCCAUGUAUCCCGUGGCGGGGGGCCAGUAUUCAUGGGUUGCGGCAUUAGCACCGCCCAAAAUAGCCCGAGGUCUGUCCUACGUUAGUGGAUGGUUCAUGCUCAUCGGGAUCCUUGCCAUGGGAGCAACCAACAACUCCAUCGGCGCCAACUUCAUCCUCGGCAUGGCUAAUCUGGUCUUCCCAGAAUACACCAUCCAGCGCUGGCAGACCGUUUUAGUCGCAUACCUGAUCGCUUUUGUUUCCGCAGGGAUUAACAUCUGGGGUCCGCAUCUCCUAAACCGCAUCGCGCGCUUCAUCCUCAUCUGGAAUGUCGGCUCCUUUCUGAUCACCAUGAUCACUCUCCUCGCUACAAACGACAACAAACAGCCCGCAUCUUUCGUCUUCCAUGACUUUCAAAACUUCACCGGCUGGGGCUCCUCCGUGGCUGCUAUCGUGGGGAUCCUGCAAGCCUGCUUCGGCAUGUGCUGCUAUGACGCCCCCUCCCAUAUGACAGAGGAGAUGAAGUCUGCGUCCAAAGAGGCGCCCAAGGCAAUUAUUCUCUCUGUCGUUCUGGGCGCGAUAACGGGGUUUGUAUUCUUACUGACUCUGUGUUUUUGUAUCGGCGAUAUCGACAGCACCGCGAACACUACCACCGGUGUGCCAGUCAUUCAGAUUUUUUACGAUUCCACAGGAAGCAAAGUGGGGACAUGUUUCCUAGCUAGCAUGAUAGCUGUCAUUGUACUGGUCGCGGGAAAUAACAUCCUCGCGGAGGGAUCGCGAUCCAUCUACGCUUUUGCGAGAGAUCAUGGACUGCCGUUCUCGGCUGUCCUGGCUAAAGUCGCACCCAAGCGUCAGGUCCCUAUUAACGCGGUGCUGCUGACCCUGGUAGUGCAGUUGGCUCUGGAUGCAAUUGAUUUCGGAACUACCACGGGGUUUGAAACUGUGAUUGCAAUUGCGACAGAGGGUUUUUAUCUCUCCUACGCCAUUGCCCUCUCAUCUCGUCUUCUGGGAUAUAUAACCGGACAUAAAACAACCAUGAAAGGACCCUUUGCCCUGCCCCAGUCUAUCUCACUGACUCUGAAUGUUCUCGGACUCCUGUUUCUGCUCUUCGCUGCCAUCACGUUCAACUUUCCCACUACGUAUCCUGUUAGUCAUGAUUCCAUGAAUUAUACCAGUGCGGCUAUCGGUGUCGUUGCGUUGAUUGCCCUAGUUACUUGGGUCACGACGGGGAGGAGACGAUUUACAGGACCUGCAGCGAUGAGCGUUUUGCAUGGACAAGAAGGGAGUGAGCAGGUCAUUGCGGUGGAGGAGAAGAGGGGUUGA